UAGUGGCGGUUUAAGAGUAGUAUUGUUAUUAAAAACAAUAGUUUCAUCCACCAUGCGGUCGCAUUGUGUGGAACCGGGCGCAUGCUCAACGCUAGCAGGCGUGCGUACGGUAUGGCGGUGUGUAUGUGUGCAACAGGUUACAGGUGUAUAUGUCAUGGAGCGACGAUACACCACAUGGAACGUACGCAGCAGCAGCAAUAAACGCAACAUAGACAGACUACGGUGAUUGAAUGAUGAAAUCCAUAGUCGAGGAAGUGUUUUGUCUCAGGUACUAGACCCAGACUGACCAACACACACACUCGUUCGAGCCAGUGCGCCAGACAAUACAGAUGCAUGCAACAUUAUUAUGUUCGAGGACAGACUGCGACACGCGUACUGAAGCAAAAUGAAAUCAAUGACGGCAGGGCUGUUGAUGCUAUUGUCACUAUGCGCGUUUCUGCAGCAAGUACAACUACUAUCUAUUGACCCAGUUGCUUCGACGGAGCUGGAGGAAUACAUAAAGGAUGAUUUCUUAAUAUCACUUAGACACAUUAGACCACGUAGGAAGUUUAGAAUCACGAUCGAGGCACUAUUUAUGAUUGAUUUCCCGGAAUCGAAGAACAAGUUUUCUUUCUAUCUCGACCGCAAAAAUAAGCGCGUGACCAUCGAUAUCACCACCCACUCGAAGGUGUACUCGAAGAAUCUAAUACUGAACGAUCUGAACGAAUCAACAACGAUCAAAUCGUUAGCAUUCGCGUUCCACCAGAGUGCGAUCACCGUUUACAUGAACUGUAAACAGUCCUCCACCGAGGAGCUCGACGUCAAUCUGUCCAAGCUUUUUGCCAGCAACGAUGAACCGACCGUCAAACUGUUUCGGGAGCGAAAGUAUCCACUAUUUCUGGAUUCCGAGCUGGAAAAGGCAUUGAGCCGGGCCAGCUGUCAGAAGAUACUGCGCCGCAAUGGUAAUCACAUACACUCCACGCGUCAAAAGCAAACGGUGGAGAAGAUGCUGAAGAACAAAGUUCAGGGUGAGAGUGUUCCUGAGCGCAACAAGAAGCGGGACAUCCGCAAUUGGCAUCAUACGUCGGAAAAGUACAAGGAAGCAUUUCAUUCCGAUUUCUCAGCAAACCGUGGAGACAUUCCAAUCAUUCAUGGUGAUUGCGAUGAGAACAUACUGAAACUGUUAGGUGAAUUGUUGAAGUUGGUCAAGGAGCUAAAGGAAGAGGUGAAAGGUCAGCGACAUGAGAUUAAUUACCUGCGCGGUUUGAUCGAAAACUGUGCCGGCUGUCAACAGGCACAACCAUUGCGCGAGAACUGUCAGUACAGUAAUCCAUGUUUCCCAGGGGUGCAGUGCUAUGAUUCAUCGACCGGCAUGCGUUGUGGUCACUGUCCGCGUGGGUAUGUCGGCGAUGGACGAAACUGUCGCCCGGGUCAAACUUGUGCGGACCAACCAUGCUUUAGUGGUGUCCAGUGUUAUGACACGGUCGAGGGUGCCCAGUGUGGUCCCUGUCCUGUGGGUUAUGAGGGCGACGGGAAGCACUGCCGAAUUAGGGACGCUUGCGAAGAUAAGCCGUGCGCGCCAGGUGUACAUUGCAGUAGAAUAGAUCAGCAUCCAUUCUUCCGCUGCGGUGCUUGUCCGGCCGGUUUCACUGGCAACGGUACUGCCUGUCAUGAUUUCGAUGAGUGUGAUCUUGUGGAACCGUGUGAUGUGCGUGUUCGCUGCACCAACACCAUUCCCGGUUUCCGAUGCGAUCCAUGCCCCGGUGGAUAUGUAGGUAUGCACUACGAAGGCCUUACGGCCACCUCGUUCGAUGGGUCGAUGCAGCGGCAACGGUGCAUUGAUCGGAACGAGUGUGCCGACGGUUCUGCACGGUGCGGACCCAAUAUGGUUUGCCAGAACACGGAAGGAUCGUACGAAUGCCAGUGUAAACCGGGGUUUAUCCAUAGUUCCUCACACGAGUGUUUACCAUCGGAUCGGAUGUGUCAAGAUGGCACGAUUUGUGACACAAAUGCCAUAUGCAAACAUGCCGGAAACAACAAAUACAGGUGUAAAUGUAAGGUAGGUUGGGCAGGUGAUGGGUACCUGUGCGGUUCCGACAAGGAUCUUGAUGGAUGGCCUGACAAGAACCUGCAGUGCAAUGAUGAGAAAUGCCGCGCCGACAAUUGUGUCAACAUUCCCAACUCUGGUCAAGAAGAUGCCGAUCGCGACGGCAUUGGAGAUGCCUGCGACCCGGAUGCAGACAACGAUGGAAUUUUAAACAAUCCGGAUAACUGUCCCUUGGUACACAAUCCGGACCAAAUGGAUAGUGAUGUGGAUGGAGGAGACAAACAAGGAGAUGCUUGCGACAACUGUCCGACGGUGUCCAAUGUCGAUCAGAACGAUGUUGAUAAGGAUGGUUUGGGUGAUGCUUGCGAUCCAGACAUUGAUAACGAUGGUAUCCGUAACGAAGAUGACAACUGUCCCAAGGUGGCCAACUUCAACCAACUCGAUACUGAUGGUGAUAGGAUUGGUGACGUUUGCGAUAACUGUCCGCUGAUACCAAAUCUCAAUCAGCUUGAUUCGGAUAAUGAUCUUAUCGGUGAUGCUUGCGACAGUGAUGUCGAUCGCGACCGGGAUGGUAUUCAGGAUAGCCGGGACAACUGUCCGAAGCUGCCCAAUUCCGAUCAGCUUGAUUCGGAUGGUGACGGUAGGGGCGAUCUGUGCGACACGGAUGCUGAUAAUGAUGGCAUACUGAACCAUGAAGAUAACUGUCCGAUUGUGUUCAAUCCCGAUCAGACUGACGCAAAUAAUGAUGGAAUUGGUGAUAUCUGUGAGGAAGAUUUUGAUUUGGAUCUCAUUCCGAACUAUCUCGAUAACUGUCCGAACAAUUCCAAAAUCUUCUCCACCGAUUUUCGUACCUAUCAGACAGUGGUCCUAGAUCCGGAGGGUGACUCGCAGAUCGAUCCCAACUGGGUUAUCUAUAACAAGGGUGCCGAAAUUGUGCAGACACAAAACAGUGAUCCUGGCCUAGCUGUUGGUUACGACGCAUUUGGUGGCGUGGAUUUCGAAGGUACCUUCUUUGUCGACACGGAAAUUGAUGACGAUUACGUCGGUUUCAUCUUCAGCUAUCAGGACAAUCACAAGUUCUAUGCGGUCAUGUGGAAGAAAAACAUACAGACGUACUGGCAGGCAACACCUUUCCGUGCGUCCGCUGAGCCGGGCAUUCAGCUGAAGCUGAUCAACAGCAAUACUGGACCAGGCGAGAUGUUGCGCAACAGUCUGUGGCAUACAGGGGAUACGAAGGAUCAAGUGAAGUUACUCUGGAAGGAUCCACGCAACGUGGGAUGGACGGAGCGUACUGCUUACCGUUGGUUGUUGCUGCACCGACCUAAGAUUGGGUUGAUCCGUUUGCGCAUAUUCGAUGGCGAUCAGAUGGUGGCCGAUUCGGGCAACAUCUUUGACACCACGCUCAAAGGUGGCCGGCUGGGAGUAUUCUGCUUCUCGCAGGAAAUGAUCAUUUGGUCCGACUUGGUGUACCGAUGCAAUGAUAACGUUCCGGAAGCAAUCUACCGUGAACUUCCUCCACGUUUGCAACGUGAAGUUCAGGUGGAUCAUCGCGCUUAACGUGACGUGUUUAAGUCCAACCGCAGUAAAGCUUGUCGUCGUAGUAGUACAACUAAAUAUAACGUAUAAAUAUAUAUAUUUUCAAAUCUGCUUCGUAUAAUCAGAUUCUCCCUUCUCGUUGCUACCUCAGCUCAAUGUUGGCGAGAAAUACUUUUCCCCAGUACAUAAGAGAAUAAUAACGAACAAUAAAGCGUCUGAUAUAUUACCCCGUUAUCGAUAGUAACGCUUCUCUCCCCACUAGUAGCUCUCUCGAACUUCAACGCCAUCAUUAACCAUCAUCAAUAACCGUUCCAUCGUACAGCAGCACACCUCCCCGUUACGAUCUAUCCAGCGACCAGCUGAAACAACGCACAAACACAAUCUAUCGUGUGUAUGUCACGGAUAAUAUUACAUGCGCCCGAUUUCUGAUUGAUACCGGCGCUGAAAUUUCCGUGUGUCCUCUUACCUGAAAGAA